AUCUGUUUCUAUGUGACAAGUUUAUCGUAGAAAACAUUGCUUUUUAAAAAAAAAAAAUCGAAGUCCUAGUUUAUACUUAACUAGAUCUAUAUUUUACUAUCGAUUUUGGCACAGCUGUAGAUUAAAAAGAAAUGUUCUCUAUCCUUCUAGACUAUGUAGACUAUGCUAGAAUAUUAUAUUAACUGAGGCAGACUGAGUUUAAGAGUUAAGACGUGGCUGUUGUCAGUAAAGUCACUCUUUUGUUGAGUUUUGUGAAGUACAUGUAUUUUUACUAACUUUUAGAUCUAAAUCUAGAAUUCUAUUCCUUAACCAUGAUGCAGUUUUGGACAAAGAAUUUUUUUUUGCUUGCAUUUGUAAAUAACAUCAUUGUUUUGGGCCAAGAAGUAUCAGAGAUUGUUGAUGUCGACAGUAGUAAAUGGCAAAAAUCUUUGGAUGGAAAACAAAAAUUGUUAGUGCUAUUUUAUCAGACGGAAAAUUGUGAAUCUUGCUCAGUGGCUCUUAAUGUUCUAAACCAGAUUGUUGGCCAGCCAGAGCUUCCUUCAGAUAUCCAGAUUGGAAAGAGUACAGACCUAUCACUUGCUGAGCAGAUUAAAAUUGUAACAUUUCCAAGCUUAGUUUUUCUCAGAGACAAUUCUUAUGCUGUCUAUGAUGAUGUAUUCGAGAUAGAACGAAUGUUGGAGUGGAUACAGCUGGCUGCCCAGAAAACAACAGUGGAACUGAAUGAUCUUUCUUUUGAGCAUUUGACGCAAGCUUCUACGGGAGCUACCACAGGAGAUUGGUUUGUUGCCUUCUACAAAGAUUCCUGUGACACUGUGCUGCCUGCAAUAGAAAGUCUAGGAGUGAGAGUGAGAAACAAAAUGAACGUAGCCAAAGUAAAUGUGGCUGAGAGUCCUUUACUGGAGGAGAGAUUCAAGAUUAGCAAAUGUCCUGAGAUCAUUUACUUCAAACAAGGAAAGAUGUACAGAUACGACUUCCCCUUGCAGGAUGUGGCUACAUUUAAAUCUUUCAUUGAUGGCUUUUAUAAGAAUGUCAAGCAGGAAGUAGUCCCGACACCUAAGUCUAAGUUUGAUUAUCUGACAGAACAUAUUGCAAACUUGAUAAAGCAACAGCUCAAUGGAGAGAACCGUACAGCUUUCAUCGCAGGUGCUGGCGGAGUUGCUGCAGUUUUAUUUCUCCUGAUGUUUUGUUGUUGCUGCUGCCGGUCAUCUGGUGGACAGAGCAAAAAGCAGAAGAGAGAUUAAACAAAUUACAAAAGUUUUUAAUUUUGUGUAAAAGUAAUUUUUGAGUCGAGCUGAGAGUGACUUAAGAAAGAGCCAAUUGAAUUUUUAUUGUACAAAAUGAAUCUAGUCUGUUGGAUGGUUUUCAAGAAAAUGGUAGUUAUUUUCUCAAAUAAUUGUCUCUAUGACUUGACAUUAUUUGACUUAGAUGAACUGAUGUCCUCUUGAGAAAAAAGAAAAAUAAAAAUAAAGCUGUAGGUGAUUAGUUCUAAGAUAAAUGGGUGAUUAUUUAGAUCUGUAAGACAAUGUAUGAUUGUGUGAGGAAGGUGAGACAUAGACUAAAUGAAUGUAAAUUUCUCAAGUUUUUAAUCUUUUUUGGCAUUUAAAAAUAUGGUUGUCUUGGAUGGUUGCAAAUACAUUGUAUGUUGUUGUAAUGUAACAAUUUAUUUUGCUAUAUUAAUUUAUUUCUCUGAGGGUGAGCCUCUUGCUUCAUAAUUAUUCAUUUCCGAUUAAUAUUUUCUAUUAUUACUGCCCCUACUUUUGUCAAUUCCUUUAUAUUGUGAUUGUCCCACCAUUUUGCUUUAUCAUACUGCUACUGUGCAAAAGACAUGCCUGUUGUCUGUAGUGAGCUUCUUUGUUUCUGGGUUAUGGGUCUUUGUGUCAGUUAAACAUUUGAAGUGCAAUUACUUGUACGGUAACAAAAUUUGUUACUGUUAAACUAUGUUACUAUUAUCUUGAAUGGAAUCAAUGUAGGAUCUCUCAUAUUUUACAUUGUAGUGACCAUGGAAUGAGCUUCAGUUUGUUAUUUAGACUGCAUUCCAUAUUUGUAGGUAUUGUUUAUUAUUGAAGUGUUUUUGUGAAUUUACUGUCUGGAUUAAUGUUUGAGAUAAAAUGUUAUGUUUUACAGCUUGAGAAUUAAAAUAUUUUAACUUG